UCUUACAAAUUCAUUAUCCUAAUUGAAAACUUGUUGAUGGCAAUGAACACUCUAAAAUUCACUUGGGCUUUUGCAUAUCUUCUUAUUAUUAAUUUUACAUUAUUCCCAAUUGCAACAUGUCAUUUGCCACAAUGUUCAUUUGAGGGGAUAAACUUGGAUAAAUGUAUGGAUCCAGAAAAAAAUCAAGUUUCUUUUGAUUCUUGUUGCAAUGCACUCAAUCAAAUAAUUCAAGCAGGAUAUUAUUGCUUGUGUGCAAUAUUAGGCUCUUCUAGUCCUCUUAUAACAAACUCACUUGUGCUUCCUUUUUCUAAUUGCUUCAUUUCAAUACCUCCAUUGACACAUUGUCAAGCACCUAAAGCAAAGGUUAGUCCAGUACAAGAAAUGAAGCCACCACCAAGUAGACCAAUACCAAUUUUUUUGCUUCCAAAGUCACCAAAUGAGCCACCACCAUUAGCACUACCAUCAGUGCCAAAGGACUUGAUGUUGCCAUUGCCACCAAACAUGGAUGAUAUUCCAGUUCUGAAUUCAGCUAGACAUGAUAAUGUUACAAUUUAUUCACUUAUUCCAGAAUUUAAAAAUACUAUGGAUGGAUAUUUAACAUCAUUAGGUGGAGAUAACAAGAAAACUUUGUUGUAUGGUAAAGUUCUCCUUUUGCUCAUAGUGACAACAUUAUAUGUAAUGCUUAUGAUAUGAUGAUUGCAUGUUUUCCAAAUAAUGGAACUCGUAAUUUUGAAUUUGCUUA